GCGCUCUGCGCGCCCGCGCCCGCCCGCCGAUGUCGUGCCGCCGCCGGCCGGCGUGGGCGGCGUCGCCGCUUUUGGCGGCCGUGGCGCUGCUGAGCCGCGGGCGCGCGGCCACGGAGCGGGGCGCCGUCGAUCCGCAGGAGGGGAACUGGUGGCUCCAUCUCGACAUCCUGGUCUCGAACCUGGACUGCAGCGGGCUGGACGCGUCUCAGAGGCACAGGUCUUCCGGGGCGGUGGCGGGCGCGCUGGUGGCGCUCUGCGGCGUGGACCUCCACGUCAUGAGCCUGGAGGCGGCCGCGGACACCGUCAGCGUGGGCGCUGCCGCCGCCUGCUCGUGGUCCCCGUCGCACUGGCAGCACGCGGUCCGCUCCGAGCAGUUCCAGACCAUGCUCGCGAGCAUCUUCGAGGCCGAGGCGCUAGAGGUGGCGGACGUCGCCCUGGUGCCGCUGACGCCAGAGGAUGACGACUGCGGCGGCGGCGGCGCCCUCGAGGCCUCCGGGGGGGACGCUGAGGAGGACGAGGCGCGCUUCGUGCUGGCGCCCGCGUGCUCCACCGGGCGCUCCCCGGGCGCUCCGGGGCCCGCGCUCGCCCCCGCGGGCGAGGCGGCGGGCCGCGUGGUCUGCUGCGCCCAGGACGGCGCGGGCAGCAGCCGCUCGUCCGGGGGGCUCUGCCUCUCCACAGGCGCCAGCAGCCCGGUGACGUACUGGGUCGCGGAGGGCAUCUGCUCGGGAGCCGGCCUGCGGCUCUGCGACACGCGGGCGGAGCUCGACGGGAGCUGCGGGCCGGAGUGCGGGCUGGACGGGGCGCUGGUCUGGACGAGCGAGCGGCACCUGGACGGCUGGGGCGGGGCCUUCAGCCUGAGCCUGGCCUCCGCGGAGGCGGCACACUUUCGGUGGCCGCUCGCCUGCGUGCUGGUCGCGCUGCUGGCGUGCGGCUGCGCGUGCGGCUGCGGCCCGUGCCGGCGGAAUUCGAAGCCUCGCGACGCGGAGCAGGGCGCCUUCCUCGCCCGCGCGGAGGGCAACCGGGCGUACGCCGCGGGGGACCUCGAGGCCGCCGGCCUCAGGUACGCCGAGGCCCUUUCGCUGUGGGAGCAGGCAUUGAGCGAGGUCCCUGACGACGGGAAGACCCUCAGCAUUGGGACGCUGGUGCAAUACGACGCCCGCGGGUGCUUCGGGGUCGUCAAGAGCGCUUUCCCGGUGUUCGACGAGUACUUCCUGAAGGACGUGGGCACCGACCAGGCGAUCUGGGUGGGCGAGCCCGGUGGGGACCUUCGGCGGUUCACGCGGAGGGAGCUGAAGACCACAACCCAGGAGCUGCUGGACCUGCGGUUCCCGAUCCUGCAGAAUUUGGCCGCCGUCGCCCUGAAGGAGGAGAGGCACUCGGAGGCGGUGCAGUGGGCCGAGGCCGCGCUGUCCAUCAACGGCCGGGCGCCCAAGGCGCUGCUGCGCAAGGGCGCGGCGCUGCUGCGCCUCGGCCAGCCUGGCCCGGCCUCGGACGUGCUCUCUGCCGCGGCGGCGGCGGCGCCGGGCGACGCAGAAGUGGCGCGGCUGCUGCGCCAGGCCGAGGCCCAGCGCUCCCCGAACUGGGUGUGCGUCACGGGCUGCUGCGGCCCGUGGGGCAUCGUGUGCGGCGGCCCUGCGCAGAUCGCGGACGUGAUGCCGCAGGUGGUCGCCCCAUCGGCGAGGAGGCUGGAGGCGGAGCCGGCAGGCGCAUCUGGGCCAGGUGAGCCAGGUGAGCCGGACGCCAGCGCGGCCGCCCUCCGGGCGGCGGGCUGCGGCAGCUGCGACCCCGUGCCGAGUGCGCCCGCCCCUGCCGUGGCCGCAGCCGCCGAGCCGCCCGCGGCGCCGGAGCCGCUCGCCGAGGAGGCGGAGGCCGCUGCCGCUCCAGCGGGCUCGUCGGCCAGAGCGCCGCUGGCCGCCGACGGGGCGAAGGAGGGCUCGGAGAUUUGCGGCAGGUGA